AUGAAUUCUAAGCCUGCAUUCCCACCAUCCUUAGACAUGGAUUUGAAGAUUUCUCACAUAGAAUGUCUUUCCAAGGAAAUUUUGGUGAAGUUUCAGGGCAAAUAUGAUAUCGAAUGUGAAUUUGACUAUCACAUAUUGCAGAGUGAAAUACAGCACAUCCCCAAAGCCUGCGAUAAUGUUGGCGUUGGUGAAUUUUGUUUGGUGGAAGAAAAAGAAUCUGGAGAAUGGCAUAGAGGACAAGUCUUGGAAAAUAAAAACCAGUUCUAUAAAGUAUUUCUCAUAGAUUGUGGGAAAGAAUUGAGAGUCAGUGCUACCCACGUGGCUUCUGCCUGUGACAACUUAUUUGAACUCCCUCCAAGGAUAGCAGUUGGUGUUUUUGCCAACAUACUACCUCUUGGGGAGAAGUGGUCUCCCAAGGCUUUAAAUUACUUCAUGUCAUUAGUAGGACUUCAAGUGAAGGGACACGUGCAGGCCAUUCUGCCUCAUCAAAUGGUUCUUCUGGAAGUUCCAAGAAUCAUCUCUGAGCUUCUUGAACUACAGUUGGGAAGGCUUGUGGACGGAGAUUCGUUUCGUCUUAUUGUAGAAAUGUUAAAAGAAUUUCCCCCAAAUCCCUCUUGUUCCCAAAUGCCAGAUGUGCUGCAGCAACAGUAUAAAAGACUCGGGUCUUCAUUCAGCAACAACGAGAUUUCACCCAGUUAUCAACAUGUCCUAGAUAACUUGCAGCCAUCCCUGUCAAUUAACUGUAUGGAGAGCGUGAAAAUCGCUUCUGCCGUCAGUCCCAGUAGGUUUUAUUGUCACUUAACAAAACGGUUGCUGGAGCUGGAAAACUUAAUCACAGCGAUGUCUUUGCACUAUGAAGCAAUCAGCAGAGAGAGAAAUCCUUCAAGUGAUAAUUUUGGACUGCUUUGUGUCGCCAAAAGGAGAAAUAGACAGUGGUAUCGAGGGAUUCUCCAGCAGCUCCUACCCCAUGACCAUGUGAAAAUUUGGUUCAUGGACUUUGGCAACAGUGAAGCUGUGCCCUCCAGCUAUGUGAAGAAACUUAAGCAAGAGUUCAGUUUAGUGCCAUUAUUUUCUUUUCCAUGUUCUCUGUCUCAUUUCAGUAAUCCAAAUAAAGACAUAAGGAAUUCUCAGCUUAAGUUGUUUAAACAGGCUUUGUUGGGGCAGAUGGUGUUUGCACAUAUCGAUCAGUUUGAUCCCGAGGAGCGCUUAUAUUACGUGACCUUCCACAGUCAAGAAUCUGUGAUCAGCCCCAAGAAUCUGCUACAGGUAGUCAGACGCCCUCUGGCACACAGCCUGCUGAUGGAGGGAGAGACCUCUCAGCCUUUGGGAGACAAAAAGGCCUCUCUUGGAAACAGUCCUGAAGUGGAGAGCUUUGCAGGUGAUUCGACCCCAGUAAGCUCUACACCAGAAAAAGACCCUUUAUCGAAGGUGACCAUAUGCUGGAAGACAGUAGAAAUGAAAGUAAAUUUUGCCUAUGUGGCUUUUGUGGAGUAUGUUCUGAACCCAUCAAAUUUCUGGGUACGCACUAAUGAUCAUCAGAACAGAUUCCAAGACUUAAUGAAGAAGAUAGGAGAAUUAUAUGAUUCUUGUGAGAAGGAAGAAAUGAUUCUUAGAAAACCAGAGCCUGGAUUAUUUUGUUGUGCUCGGUAUAACAAGGACAUGCAUUUUUAUAGAGCUGUCAUCACUGAAGUUAAUGGUUAUAAGAUUAAUGUUUAUUUUUUGGAUUUUGGAAAUACUGAAUCUGUACCAUUUUAUGAUGUAAAAAUUUUGCUGCAAGAAUUUUGUGAAUUACCAGCACUAGCGAUGUGCUGUUCCCUGGCUCAUGCGUGUCCUACAGAAGAUAUAUGGGUGAAGAAAGCAACGGAUUUUUUUAAAAAGACAGUAUUUGACAAAGCACUCCUACUUAAAGUUGUAGCCAAGAAAAAUGACAAAUAUAUCGUUAAUGUACAGUGUGUCGAAGCCUCUGGGAAAGUUAAUGUUGUUGGUCUUAUGGUGCAAGCUGGUUAUGCAGAAUAUUGGGAAGUAAAGCCAGAUUGUCUUCCAAAACUUGGAACAGACUUUUUAGGACCAAAUUUAAAACCUGAGCUCAACAUUGCAGUUGCACAAGCCAAGCAGCCUCUUUUAACCGUAGCUGGCCACAGUUCUGUGAGCAAGUCAGAAUUCUCAGUUGCUGCCUUUGCAGGAUCAGAGACUCCUUUUCCUAGAAAUCUAGGGCACGUAUCCGGGACAUGUGAGCCUCUGCAUCCAUACAAAGAAUACGUCUUCAAGCCCGGAACUGUUAUCGAUGUUAAGUGUUCAUAUUUCUCUUGCCCUGGAGAUUUUUCUUGCCAGCUGCAGAGUAAGUUACCAGAGCUUAUGCUGCUCAUGGAGCAGAUGCAGAAAUAUUAUGGGACCCAUAAUGACCCUUAUCAGGCAGGACAGAUCGCUUGUGUUGCCAGGUAUGCGAAAGAUGGAAAGUGGUACCGAGCAGCUGUUCUGACUCAAGUGUCCCCCAGAGAAGUGGAUGUCAUAUUUGUUGACUAUGGUAACCAGGAAAGAAUUUUAUUUAAAGAUCUUUGUGCUAUUAACCCGGACUUUCUUAUUUUAGAGGGUCAGGCAUUUAGAUGUAGUCUUAACAACUUAAUCGAACCUGUUAAUUCUGAAUCAUUCAGUUGGACAACCAAGUCUUGCAUAGACUUUGGAAACUUCAUUUCUUUAUAUAAUGGCCUAUUGACUUGUAUCAUCUAUGCUUUAGUUUUAAUACAGCCAAAUUGCCUGUGCAACAUAGUCGACCUGCGGACGCCUUUCAUCAGUGCCCGGGAAUUUCUGGUCAAUUGUGGUUGUGCACAACAUAGUGCAUUUUUAAAGUCUUUGCCAGCAUCAGUGAGCCUUUACAGUUUCUGCUAUUCUUCUUUUAACUUAAAAAUCGGAAGCGAAGAAGAAGUUUAUAUAUCCCACAUCCGAAGCCCCAAAAAAUUUUAUUGUCAACUGAGGAGAAAUAAUCGAAGUCUGGAGGUUAUAGCGGCAAAGAUCGAAGAGAUCAAUAACUUCUCAAAUUAUCCAAAAUUUGAUGGCAAAACAAGAUUAUGCUUGUCUAGAUACUUUGAAGAUGGUCUCUUUUACAGAGCAAUAGCAUCUCCUGUGGAUUUAUCAUCCUAUUUGUUGGUAUAUUUUGUGGACUUUGGAAAUAAACAAAUAGUAGAAGGAAAUAAAUUGAUCCCUAUUUUAGACCAUUCUUCAGAGUUGCUUUUUACACCUAUGCAGGCAAUAAAGUGCUAUCUCUCAGAUCUUCAAGAAGUAGAUAUUCCAACAGAAACCAAUAUCUGGUUUGAAGAAAACUUUCUAGGAAAAUCACUGAAAGCAGUGGUGGUGUCGAGGGAUUCAGAUGCCCAACUUGGCUUAGAACUAUAUGAUGGAAAUCAGCAGAUAAAUCAGAAAAUUAAAACCUUGCUUCAAGUAUCUGGGAAAAAAUAUGACCAAGGAAGAUACAUGGAAAAGUUUCAUAAAAAAUACGAAAAUAAAAUGUUGAGUAAGGGAUCAUCAAAAGACAAAGUAUAUCACUGUCAUUCUACCAUAACGAAAACGAAUCAUCCCAAGUUUCUUGAAAACAAAGUGGAUCACAUUGUGAAUUCUAAAGAUGUACACGUUAAACUUCUAAGAUCGCCAGACUCUUCUCCGAUUGAGCCUGUUUUAAAAAGCAAGGUGAACCAACCUUUAAAGAUGAGACUAAAAAAUACAAAUGAAAAAACUAUCCCUGAAUCUGCUUCCCAGUUUGACUUAAUUAAUGAAGGAAAACCAUUAUGUGCUGCAUCAGAAACUUGUAUAGCUAGACCGUGUAUAGCUAUAGCAAAAGCAGAGAGUGUGGCUAGACCACAAAUCUCUGACCUUCCUCCUCCUCCUGUUCAUCUAAAUGCCAGAGUUAAUGGCUACAUAUCAAAUAUAUGGAGUCCAGCAAGUUUCCACAUUCAGCUUGCGGAGAGUGAAGACUUAAUCUUUACACUUGCAAAAGAACUAAAUGAAGGGAUGGCAGAUCUAGAUAGAGAGAGUGAAUUGACUGCACUUUCAGUGGGAGAUCUCGUGGUUGCAAAGUAUGCUGUUGAUAAUGCCUUAUAUCGAGCAGUAAUUAAGAACGUUUUAUCAAGGAAUUCUUUUGAAGUGGAAUUUAUUGACUACGGUAACACAGAAAUUGUCAAUUUGUCCCAAAUCCAUGAGCUUGAUAGGAAAUUUUUGACUGUUCCUCAGCUUGGCCUUCAUGCUUUUCUCAGUGGAGUAAGAUAUAAUGAGCCCGAUGAAUUAUGGGACAGCAAAACAGUAGGUUACUUUGCUGAAAAAGUAAAAAACAAAUUAAUUUCUUGUGAAUUUCUCAAGAAGCAUGAGCAAAAGUGGGAAGUAAAUAUUAUCUGUGAUGAAAAGUGUGUUGUUAAUGAAAUGAUGAAGUGGAUAGCUUGUUCAAAGAAGCGAGAGAAAGUAUCAAAAGUACCUGAAACUGUCUCUAAAAAAGUGACUCUUGUUAUUGAUAACAAAGAAAAGAAAGGGUCAAAUGAAAAUAAGCGUCCUAGAGCAUCCUGCCACCAACCAGCUAAAAUCCCCAAGUCUGAGUUAAAGCCUGGACAGCUUGAGAAGGCCGAGAUACUUCAUAUUUCAAAAUGUGGAAACUUUUCGGUGAAACUAAGUAAAAAUGCACAGGUAUCCUCCAGCUUGCUUUCCUUGAUACUUAAAGAAGCCAAGGAAAACCCUUUCUUGCCUGUAGAAAAUAUAGAAGAAGGCUUAGAAUGCCUGAUAAAAUCUAGAUUCACGGCCACGUGGUGCCGUGCCAAAGUGGAGAAGUGUUUGGGAGAAGAGAAGAUGCUCGUUUAUUUGCUCGACUGUGGCCGCUACGAAGUGGUUCCCUUGUUGGGGACGAAGGAGCUCGGCCACGAGAUUCGAAGCAUUCCCCAACAAGCAGUGCCUUGCAAGUGGAUUUGGAUAGAAAAUGCCAGAAAGAUGUCAUUUGAGUCCACGGCACACUUGUUCUCCCACCUGGAAACCAAAAUCCUCUUUCUCCGCUAUCUGGAUGCUGCCUGGGAAGUCGAGAUCUUGGUGGAUGGCCUGUUGCUAUUGGAGUACCUGAACUUUAGAGUUAGUCAGAGUGAGGAAAGAAAGCAGAAUCGUUCAGAAAUCGUUCUCAGCGUGGAGUCAAAGAGCCCCGUGCUAUCCUUCAGAGUGAACUCUGUUAAAUGGGCUCUUCUCCAGACUGACCGACAGUACAGAGGCUUUGCCACGGCCGUUUCUGACCCCUCGGACUUCUGUAUGCAGCUAGAGGACUUCUUUGAUACCAUGUCUUCGCUGUGUAGACUGCUUUUGGCUCUGCCUGAUCGCCUACCUACCCUGCCUCCACAGCUGGUCGUUCCAGGAUCCAGCUGUUUGUUCAGAUGUGGGUGGGAAGACCAGUGGAAGAGGGCAGAAGUUUCUGAAGUCUCCACUCAGUCGGUGCAGCUUCUGUUGAUGGACUAUGGCUUUUCCGUAAGCAUUCCCCGCUCAGAGUGUGCUAACCUCCGGAUCCUUCCCGAUGAGCUUCUGUGUUUGCCGCGGCUGACUUACCACUGUGCCUUACAUGGCAUCCUCCCUGCUAAUGGGGACCACUGGGAGGAGGCUGCAAAAGCUUUUUUUAAAGACUUACUGUCCAAGCCGGGCUUGUUCUUUCAGCCUCGGAAGUAUAGUCCUGGGAUGAAACUAGAAGUUGAAGUCACACAUGGGAAAAAUAGCCUGGCAGACCUGCUAGUGGUAGCUGGACAUGCCGUCUUCUCUAAAGAGGUGGCUCAUUUGGUGGCAGUGAAUAGCAUCCAGUCUACUAAAAUUGAGUAUAAGUUGCAGGGAAGGCACUUUUAUCCAUUAUUAGAUAAGAAGGUUUUUCCAAAUGAAAACGUCCUUUUGACAUGCACAGGGAAAGAGGGACCACAACAGUGGAAAUUUGUUCCUUGGAAAGAUGUCUACAAAAAUAUUUUUGGGAAGGCCACCCCUAGUACUUGUUUUCAUUCUAGAAACUUGACCCUGAGGAAGAAAAUUGGUAAUGGAAAACACAAAUCUAAAAGUACUAUAAAGUUCGAGACAUGUGAAAGAAACACGUUUUGGGAACAACAUAAUCACUGGAGAAACGAAUCUAGUUGCAUUGAAAAUAUUCCUGAAAACCUACCAGCAGAAGGAGCGUGGAAAACAUAUAACCUUUGUACCAGAAUAAAAACGUUGAACAUCAAUGAAGAAAUGGUACUGGAAAAAAAAUCAAACCAGGAGGGAGGUGAGAAUUCAGAUCAUUUCAGCAUCAGUUUGCCAGCUACUGUUCAAAAGGAAACCAAUUUGGGAAUCAGUUUGCCGGCUACUGUUCAAAAGGAACUUAAUCCUGGGAGUCCUGAGGGAUGCGCCCACCACUCCACAAUGUGUGGUGACGCUAUUGAAGAUUCCAACGAUUUUCUUCAGUUAGGGGAUGUACAGCUGAAGAGGAACCUCAUUUCAUGAGGAUGUUUUGUUUUCCCAUGCAUCUGGGAGGGGUGUGUGUGUGUGUGUGUUUUGUGUUUUCUACAAAAUGUGGCUUAAAUUAUUUUGGUUAAACUCUUAAAUUAAUGUUGGAAAUGAAAAGAUUGCUAUUUUCAUGAAGUAUUCACAUCCUUGGCUUUUUUUUUUUUUUAACCUAAGCUUGAUCACAGUCCCAGUUUCCGUGGCCCUUUUAAUUUGUCUUGCAUCUUUCACGGGAAGAUAUUUUAUA